AAAGAGAGAGAGAGAGAAAUAUAAGAAAGCGAAAGAGGAAGCUCAAUCCGCUUAAGCCGUCGUUUCGUUGUCUUUAAGAAAGGAAAACAAAAUUUGGAGUAGAAAGUGAGGGAAAGUCUUGGAAAUUUUGGUUCUAGCAUGUGUUGUUUCAGCUGGGUUUGAACUUAAUCUGCUUAUUCUUCUCUCCUUGAUGUGGGUUUUUCGUUUCUUUUUCUUUCCUCUGACAAAAAGAUAGAGUCUUUCAGACAAGAAAGCGUUUUUUCCACAUCAGGCUAUAACUGCCGAUGGCAAUUUGGUUCGUAUAGAUGGCUUCUCCAUGGUGUCCUGGUCUUGUUAUUAAUCCUGAUUAAGUUAAGAGAGAUAAAAAGAGUUCCAAGGAAUGGUAUGAUGGAUCAAUCAAGAACAAAUAAGCAGUUUCACUACAAUUCCAUUGAACCUGGAAGUGAGGCAUAUCAGUCCUCAUCUCAAACAUUUAUGCCUGACACUCAUAGCAGUAUACGUGGUAGUAUGAGAGCCCCAAAUCAAAAUACAGAAGUUAAACCUGGGCUUAAUUAUUCCUUACAGACAGGUGAGGAAUUUGCUCUUGAAUUUAUUCGUGAUCGAGUGAAUCAAUGGAAGCCUUUGCUUCCAAAUACUGUUGGGGAUCCCAAUUAUGCAUCAGGUUAUAUGGAACUAAAAGGCAUGUUAGGUAUCAGCCAUACAGGGUCUGAAACUGGGUCAGAUAUUUCGAUGCUUGCUGCAACUGAAAAAGGCCCUGCACAGUAUGAACGAAAAAAUUCUUCAGCACAUGAAGACAGGAGUAUUUAUGCGUCAGCCCAAUCAGGACCACGGAUGUCAUCAGGCUAUGAGAGUAGCCGAGGAGUUAGUCAUGGCUACACUUCUUCUGGAGCCUCCGAUAGCUCUUCUUUGAAGAUGAAGAUUCUUUGUAGCUUUGGUGGUAAAGUUCUACCUCGGCCUAGUGAUGGGAAGCUCAGGUAUGUUGGAGGGGAAACACGCAUUGUCCGUAUCAGAAAAGACAUUUCUUGGCAGGAACUAACUCAGAAGAUCUUUUCAAUUUAUAACCAAACUAAUGUCAUUAAGUAUCAGCUUCCUGGGGAGGAUCUCGAUGCACUAGUUUCUGUGUCUUGUGAUGAGGAUCUGCAGAAUAUGAUGGAAGAAUGCAGUGAAUUAGGAACUAGAGAAGGCUCACAAAAACUUAGAAUAUUUUUAUUCUCUAUGAAUGACUUGGAAGAUGCUCAGUUUGGUAUCAACAGCAUGGAUGGUGAUUCUGAGGUGCAGUAUGUAGUUGCUGUCAAUGGCAUGGAUCUGGGUUCAAGAAAAAACUCAAACAUGCAUGGAUUUGCAAGCACAUCAGCAAACAAUUUAGGUGUGUUAGAUAGACAAAUUGUUGAGAAAGAGAAGAACAUGGCAGCGGUAGGCCCAGCCGGUGUGAGCAAUGUUGGUUUGACUGACAAUUUUGUUUCGUCAUCGCUAAUCCAAUCUUCAGAACCAAUCAUACCUAGUUCCUCAAAUGCUUAUGAAAAUAACCCUCAUUUUUAUCAUGGCGAGAUGAUGCAUCAUGGAGAGAGUGUGAACAAUCCAUUGCACAAUGGCCAAAUCACUUCUAGUUACGCCCCUUUUGUAGAAGUCUCUGGUUCGAUGCCUUUUUAUGAGAUGAGAGAUCUACAAGGAUAUUCAACAGGACAGUUUUUCGGUGGCUCCGGAGUAGACAAUUUGGAGGCACCAGCAAAUCAUACGAAAGUAAAAUCUGAUAGUUCAGCGCAGCAACCCAGUAACCCUGAAAUGGUCUCUCCCUUGGGAAGAGACUAUGUUGCUCCUUCACAGCCAUAUGAUAAUAAUUCAGCGGGUUAUAUUCCCAAGGAAGAUGUAUCAUAUACAGCCGCUUUACUGGAAGAAGGUCAACAUCCAUUGUCUUCAAAAAAUGUUGGAAGGUGCCAGGAGCCUAACAAGAUUUCUUCUUUAAUUGAUUCUGGAAAUCCACCUCAGGCUCCUAAAUUCAGUGAGGAUGAUCAUCAUUCUACAUCUGGUGGUGCUGCAUUUGCUCAUGGUUAUGUUAGGUCUGACUCCAGUGUAAGUGACCAGAGUCACCAGACCUACCAUGAACCUCCAGCACUUCCUCAGAGAGUUUUUUAUUCAGAGAAAAUACCAAGGGAGCAGUUGGGGUUGCUGAAUAGAUUAUCAAAGUCGGACGACUCGUAUGGUUCCCAAUUUGUGAUGCCUCAUCCACAUUCUGAUACCACCCAGCAGCAUUCAAUUACAAAUGAUUCUGAAAAUUCGCAGAAAGAUGGAAAGCUGCCCCCUCAGGCUGAAAACUCCUCUACAUCAAAACCUUUACCAUUGGAUACUCAUACUGUUGAUGAUGGACUUACCCAACUUCAACAGUAUAAAGAGUUUGCUGAUUCAGUUUGUCAAAUGAAUGCAGAGCUUUUGCAAAAUGUGGACUGUGAGUUAAAGCAGGCAUUACCAAACAACGCAGAAGAUGUUAAAGAGGGCAACAUUGUCAAGUCUGACCAAGAAGCAGUUUCCUUUAGAAAUGACCAGAAGAAGCUUGUAACAGAUGAAACCCCACAAGCAACAUCUGAAUAUCCAGAUGGAAACCAGACACCAUCUGUGGAGCAACAUGUUGAUCCAGCACGCAAUCAUCCAGAGCACGACUUUCAUGUCCCCACCGAAAAUGUUCCAUCUUCAACUGGAGUUUCUACAUCGAUGCAGGGAGAUAUCCUUAUUGAUAUUGAAGACCGAUUUCCUCGUGAUUUGCUUUCUGACAUUUUCUCCAAAGCAAUACUGGCUAAAGAUUCACCUGAUGUUGAUUUGCUGCACAAUGAUGGGCCUGGUGUAAGUUUGAACAUGGAAAAUCAUGAACCAAAGCACUGGUCAUAUUUUCAAAAGUUGGCACAAGAAGGGUUUGAUCAGAAAGACUUUUCUCUUAUUGACCAGGAUCUUCAUUUUUCAUCUGCUCUAAGAAAAGAUGAAGGAGAUCCUCCUAUGAAUUUACCUGCUGAAGGAAUUUCACCGCACCGUGUUGUUCCACAGCCAAAAUUUGGUGAAAUCAAUCAUAAUGAAUUAUCUGGACCAACUGAAGGUGAUUCAAGUCUGCAUCCAAAUUAUGAACAUUCCCAAGCAAAGGACACUGAAAGCAUGCAGUUUGGUCGUAUGAUGGAAAACCUAAGAGUUCAGGAGUCAGGAUAUGAGGAUGGAAAUUUUCUUUCCAGGACGGCUGGUCUACCUCCUCUAGAUCCUUCUCUGGGGGAGUUUGAUAUUAGUACACUGCAGGCCAUAAAGGAUGAAGAUCUUGAAGAGCUUAGGGAAUUGGGUUCAGGUACCUUUGGGACUGUUUAUCAUGGAAAAUGGAGGGGAACAGAUGUUGCGAUUAAGAGAAUAAAGAAGAGUUGCUUUACUGGAAGAUCAUCAGAGCAAGAGAGAUUGACUAUCGAGUUCUGGCGGGAAGCCGAUAUUCUUUCAAAGCUUCACCAUCCAAAUGUCGUAGCAUUUUAUGGUGUAGUGCAAGAUGGACCAGGGGCCACGUUAGCUACUGUAACUGAGUUCAUGGUUGAUGGUUCUCUAAGGCAUGUUUUACUUCGCAAAGAUAGGUAUCUUGAUCGUCGCAAGCGUCUAAUAAUCGCUAUGGAUGCAGCAUUUGGAAUGGAAUAUUUGCACUCGAAAAAUAUUGUCCAUUUUGAUUUGAAGUGUGACAACUUGCUUGUGAACUUGAAAGAUCCUUUAAGGCCAAUUUGCAAGGUUGGUGAUUUUGGGCUUUCAAAAAUCAAACGAAAUACACUGGUUUCUGGUGGUGUUCGUGGAACAUUACCAUGGAUGGCACCAGAGUUGCUAAAUGGCAGCAGCAACAAGGUCUCUGAGAAGGUCGACGUCUUCUCCUUUGGUAUUGUUCUAUGGGAGAUUCUCACUGGUGAGGAGCCAUAUGCCAACAUGCAUUAUGGUGCAAUUAUAGGAGGUAUCGUGAAUAAUACAUUGAGGCCAACAAUUCCAAGUUACUGUGAUGCGGAAUGGAGAACGCUGAUGGAGGAGUGCUGGGCUCCUAAUCCUAUGGUCAGGCCAUCCUUUACAGAAAUCGCAAGUCGCUUACGUGAAAUGUCUGCUGCUGCAGCUAGCCAAGCCAAAGCACAGGCUCAGAAGCCACCUAAAUAAGAGAAUUCAUGGUCCUUAUGCCCUUCUUUGGUGAUUACAAACAUGAUCAUUUAUUCAUUCAAUUGUAUACAAAAAGUUGGUGAUAUAUUUUGUACUUUUAACAGGGAUAAAUGUUUUUCCCAAAUGUGUUUUCAUAAUGGUUUGGUCUCUCUGUUUUGGUAACAAUUUUGUUAAGUUGCCAACAGAAUGACAUUGUUGGUGGUGGUGGUGGUGGAUGUUACUCUGUACUCUGAAUCUGCUGUUUGUAAUCCUCUGGGAUUGUGCUUUUUUUUUUUUUUAUCUAUUAUGCAAUUCUAAUUCUUAAGGCCAA